AAACAUCCCACCACCACCAACCAACCAAUCCAGCCGCCAAAAAACAAACCCCCCAGCAAACGAUGUCCUGGUUCCAAAAAACCCUCACACUGCCCGCCUCCUCGCGCGGCAGUUACCUAAUCACGGACACGAUAACCUCCGCCCUCCCCGAACUCGCCAAUUACCGCGUCGGCCUGCUAACCCUCUUCAUCCAGCACACCUCGUGCGCCCUGUCGCUGAACGAGAACUGGGACAGCGACGUGCGGGCCGACAUGAGCGACGCGCUCGACCGCAUCGUGCCCGAGGACCGCAAGCACGCGGGGCUGUACAGGCACGAUGCCGAGGGGACGGACGACAUGCCGGCUCAUGUCAAGAGUUCGCUCGUGGGCGUUACGGUCACGGUGCCGAUCGUUGAGGGGAGGUUGGGGUUGGGGACUUGGCAGGGUGGGUCUCCCUUCCUUUCCUUUCCUUUCCUUCUUCAUUCUUUUUGUGCGCGGUGUUUGGUUGGGAUUGGACUCCGAGGGCUAAUUAGGGAGGAGGGGGGAGGUUUAGGGAUUUGGUAUUUGGAGUUUAGGAGGGCGCGGCAUACGAGGAAGGUUGUUGCUACUAUUCAGGGGGAGUUGAAGGCGUAGAUUGGGAGGAUUUAUCGAGGGGGUUUAAUGCGGUGGUUGGGUGGGUUUAUGGUAUAGCUUGUCAUAUGCGUGCAGUACCAGGUGCCUUCCCCCGGAAUUGAUUCACAGGUAUUAUCGGG